AUGGCUGGCUUAAUCAGCACAACACAAAGAUCAGAGAGCCAGAAUAGUUUUUUUGGUAAUUUCAAUAGUCCAUGUGCUACAUUGGUUGAGUUCUGGUUGCGUUUCCAAACGGCUGUACAACAACAAAGACAUGCUCAAAGCAGUUUGAACAAAGAUAACGACACUUCCUACCCUCAACUUAUCACCCCUUGGCCGAUCGAAGCAAGCGUCUCUAAAGUAUACACCCAUGUAAUCUUUUACCUAUUUCAAGAAGAAGUUAGUGCAGCAUGUUUCACAUGUGGUCAUGCAAGGCAUGUUCUUUGGGUUUACAAGGCCAAACAUUUGAAUAAGUUGCCCGAUAAAUAUAUCCUCACUCGAUGGACGAAGGAAGCACACAAAAGUCAUAUUCAUGAGUUUGAUGAAAAUUUUCCUAAAGAUUGUGGAAAGGUAGAAAUGAAGCAGAUAAAAUUAGGUGAAUUGUGGAAUGAAAUAUAUACAACCAUUGGUCUCGUUGAAGAAAGGGAUGAGGAUAUUGAUGCUCUAAUUGAAAAUCUAAGAGGCUUCAAGAAAUCCAUUAAAUCGGGUGAGGAUAAUACGUCAAUGACAAAAGACCAAGUCAUUCAAGAAUUGAUAGGAUGUAGUGCUCCAAACGAGGUAACUAUAAAAGUUCCUGAGAAAGCCAACAACAAGGGUAGGAAGAGGCUCAAAUCUGUGAAAGAAAAGACUAUUGAGAAGCAACAAAAACCACUAAGAAGGUGUCGUCUAUGCAAUAAAAUGGUCAAUCAUGAUGCAAGGAAUUGUCCUUAUCGAAGUCAACAAACUUAA